AUGCCGUUCCAGGUUCCUAGCGAGUUCUCGAUGGCUAUCCCAGGCUUCGACUCGGAUGUCAUUGCCAGAGCUACGAGAGGGGCUACUAGACGACCUUUCGAGCAACAUUUCUUCCGUGACUCUCCCGUCUACGCCAAGAUGCGUUGCAUGAAGGUUUUGUACGGACGAGACGAGAAUGUAGACGCGCACUUCAAAACUGCCAGAGCCAACUACUCGUCUGACCAGAAGCCUUCAUCGCCAAUAUCCCCAACAGCUGUCAGCCCAGACCCAGCCUCUUCCAAACCAGAAGAUGCACCCCCUUCAGAGUCUUCGAGAACUACUGCCGCCACCCAGCGUAGCUUUAACCUCCUCUCCUUCUCCAGAGCAUUCUCCGAUAUAAACGAGCAGCUCCCAAAUCACCCCUUCGGCGAUGACAAAGUCAAAAUGUUCCUCGACCUCGGGUUCUCGCCCGGAGGAUUUUCUUCCUGGCUCAUCGACAACAACCCUCUCUAUCGUGGUGGCUUAGGCGUCACACUGCCGGACGCGAGAGCGACAUAUACGAGACCAGAUGAGAAUAGGGUCUGGGAUGCGAGGGCAUUGAGAAGUCGUAACUAUGAAAUGAAGUUCGGUGAUAUAAACGAGUUUGUGGAGGGUUGUAUCAAUGAAGGGAAGGAGCCAUGGAUAAAUCUCAAGGACCACUCGGACACACUGGGCACUGGGCUAGGCACAAGACACGAAGGGUAUGACCUCGUCAUUGCAGGAGCAUUUCCCACCCUCGAAGGCCGUAUCCCGUUUCUGCGUCGCGCCCAACUCACACUCUCACAACUCUAUAUCGUCUUGACGAACACCAGGCCCGGAGGAUCGUGCGUUAUGGUCUGCAAUACUAAGACAUUUUCGUGGAUUCUCGAAAUUAUCGGGGUGUUGAGAAGAGCGUUUGAGAGUGUGACGGCGUUGAAGGGCAAGCUGUUACACUCGACGAGGUCGUCUUGUUACCUUGUUUGCCAGGGAUACAGACGAAGAAUUGGCGACGGCGACAAAGGAGUCGGGAACAGUGAGGCCGCUAAUAUCGACAAGUAUAAACAGCGAGCGCGGGACGUACUCGGUUGGAUCAAGAGAAGGCUCGCAGAAACCGAGGCUGGGUUCGUUUUAAGAGCAUCUCAAGAGGGCGAGAAUUCUCAAGGAGAGGGAUCUGGCGGAGAUAGUGACGGCGAAGAGGUAGAGGAGGAUCAAGGGACGACAGGGCCUGCGAAGCCUAUGAAGCUUCUUCCAGAGUAUGCCGAUGCCGACGCCUUGUACAAAGGUGAACAUGCAGCUCUGCUGAAGUUGUUUGAGCCGAUAUGGGAGUCUCAGUGCAGGGCUAUGGAGGAACACAUGAGAAGAUUGUGUCUUGCGCUGUUGCCGUACAAAAUCGAAAGAGAUGAUCAGCGAGGUAUUGACACUGAAAGGAAGAAGCGCAACACUUACAUACCAGCACGAAAAAUGAGCAACACAUCAACAUCGACGUACGGUAGUUCAUUAGGAUCACUCACCAGCAUGUCCCCACCACCAUCGCCACCAUUGUAUCGUCCACCGAACCGUCGAGGAUCUGACGAUGCUGCGUCAUGGCGAGCGAGAAGCAACAGUGGUUCAGAGUCAUCUCUGCCGUAUUGGAUGGCACCCAGAAGGGGCCAGACGGACGACUUGUUCAAGAGCAGGGAGCCAAGUUCAGGUGCUUGGAGAUAG